AUGUACAGCUACUUGUCGUUUCCACGACCAUGUCUACGGGAUAACUAUCUUGAGAUUCGUGACGGCAAUAAUCGGUCAGCCAACGUUCUUGGUGUAUUCUGUGGGGAUCCAAAAACUGCUUUAGUGCGAUCCAGUGGACGCUUUUUAUCUGAUAUACAAACAGACAGACGAACAGCCACAGAUAGAGACAGAGAGAAACAGACAAAGAAAGAGACCGACAGAAGUUCUCCGCGACUUUGGACCACACCCACCAUGACCCAAGUACCCAAGACACAGAUUGUAUUUUUGAACAGAACCUCCAACCUGUGGUGCCCGGUGGAAGGUGCGCCAGCUCCAUACAUUGUGUGGAGAAAAAAUGGUAUUGUUGUUCAAAAUAGUACCAGCGUAAGAUAUCAGCUUGUAGCGGCAGAAAAGAAUGUGAAUUACAGCUGUGAGGUACGAAGAGAUAAAGAGAUAUCAAAGAGGGAAAUCAGCCUCAACAUUGAAAAGUGCCCAGGCCCUUGUGAGUGCCACAUGUUGAAGGGAACAUACAAUCUGUUGCGUGUGAACUGUGCAGGAAAAGAAUUGAUGUCGUUUCCGUGGAAAAUUCCCCUCACCACAGCGGCGUUGAACUUGAGUAACAACCAGUUGAACGACUUGUCACAAGAUAUUUUCAGCAACAAUACUCACCUGGCUUGGCUGUAAGCUAAGAUUAAACAAAUCUGUACUGUGUGCAUUUCAAUUUAAAAGGGCAGUGAUAUCCUAACAGGGACUGACAAUGAUAUGUCGUUAAUAAAUAUAAGUAUUCGUCAUUAGCUGCUUUGAAAGCCAUUGCGUAUUCAACACAGUAACAUCUCUAACCUGGGAUGGCUGUAAGCUAAGAUUCGUUUCCUCGUUCCAUUGAUUAAUUAACAGCCUCAUAAAUUCGCAUUACAAACUGCGUCUAUUUAACUCAUAUGUAGCAACAUCUUAAUGAGAUUGGCCACAGUAAGUUCGCAAGAGCAAUAACCAACUUUGAUUGUUAACCAAGACCCUUUUACUUAAUCUACUGGGCGAGGUUGUUCAAAGCUGGGUUAAGAUAACCCAUGAUUAGUUUGAAACUGAUUUCAGAUCUGAAAGUUUUAAGACGAAAUUUAAUGGAAUUAUUUUUUUUAAGAAUGUGAUGAUUGGAUGCUCAUAGCUCAAGUAUAUUUUAUCAGCAUUAUAACCCGUUCUUGUUAAACGUGGUUGGAUCAAUUUUUUGAUGUGUGGUUGAGUAAACAACCAGCUGCAGAGCCUUCCGAUAGACAUACUAUCGGCUCAGUGAAAUGGAGACCGGGUUGUAAAAUAGUAAGAGAUUGUAAAAUCUUAAAAUAGUCUAUUUUUUCAAUGAAUGACGAAUUUCUAAACCCUUAGGUUGAUUGAUGUUGCUAUUAACAGCACGAUGCGAUUUCUGAUUUAUCGAUGUAUUCCUUCCAAACUGGCGUAAAAACAGGAGUCUAACUUCUAGAAGGUUGCAGAUGUCAAAGAAAAGCUAGAUAUAUGGCGAUAAAGCAGGGCCUGCUCUAAAGUUUUAAUUUCUAUUUUUUUUCCUUUUAUAAUCUUAUAAGUAUAUUACAUCCUGCAACGAUUUGUGUUGCUAUUUACUCCGUAGAGGAAUUUUAGUGUUCAGUUGUUUUCAAUGCUUCGAAUAAAAAACCCUCAAAGUCA